GGGGGGCGGUCCGCCGGCUAGCGGGGGCGGAGCAAGAUGGCGGCGGUAGCGGCGCUACCGGUCUCCCUGUCGGGCAGGUUUAAGGGAUCCUUUGCAUAUUUUACAAUUAAGGACAGACUGCCCCAAAUCCUCACAAGAGUUAUUGAUACUCUGCAUCGACAUAAAAAUGAAUUCUUUGAAGAACAUGGUGAGGAAUAAAUGUUCAGAAUAGGAACUUUUGUUCUCCACUUAUUUCAGAAGGGUGUUGAAGCAGAGAAGAGAGCUAUAUCUUUCCUUUCCAAACUGCGGAAUGAACUGCAAACAGACAAACCAGUGACCCCUUUAGAAGAUGAGCUGCCUGAUGCUGCACUGUGGAACCAAUACCUAGACUACCAACGAAAUUUAUCAAAUGGAAAUGGAGAACCGAGUUGGUUUCAGUCCCCUUGGUUAUAUGUAGAGUGUUAUAUGUAUCGAAGAAUUCAUGCAGCAUUAGCACAGAACCCACCUAUUGAUAACUUUGAUGUAUUUAAGGAAGGAAAGGCUCAAAAUUUCUUUGAAUCCCAAGAAGCUGUUAUUGCCUUAUGCACUUAUUUUCAGGAACUUCUUAAAAACAUCAAGGACCUAGAUGAAAAACAACUUCAGGAGGAACUUUUUAAGCUAUUGCAGGUAUCAUUGUGGGGCAAUAAGUGUGACCUUUCUUUUUCAGCUGGUGAAGACAGCUCUCAGAAAUCUAGUCCUUUACAAUCCCUGGAAAACAUGAUACCUUACAUCUUAGUGAAUGAUAUGGAAAAACUUUGGUCACUACUUGUAAACGCCAAAAAAAGAAAGACAGAAAAAAAUAAUGUUAGAGUUGACAUAAUCCUGGAUAAUGCUGGAUUUGAACUUGUAAGUGAUCUUGUGUUGGCUGACUUCCUGUUAUCGUCAAAGCUAGCUGAUGAAGUCCAUUUUCAUGGAAAAAGUAUUCCAUGGUAUGUGUCAGAUACCACAAAGCAUGAUUUUAACUGGACUAUUAAACAACUGCAGUCGGCUAAUCAUAUGUGGAUGUCUAGAUGUGGGAUAAACUGGGAGGGCAAUUUGAAAAAGGGAGUUUGGGUUUACCGUGAUCACAUGUUUUGGACUUUGCCGCAUGACUUUUCCAGUAUGGCUGAAGUUGCUCCUGACUUGUAUGCUGAUCUACAGAAGUCAAACUUGCUUCUUUUCAAAGGUGAUCUAAACUAUAGAAAAUUAACAGGAGAUAGAAAAUGGGAAUAUACUGUUCCGUUUCAUCAAGCCUUGAACAAGUUUCAUCCUGCACCUCUCUGUAGCUUGAGAACACUGAAAUCUGACACUCAGGCUGGCCUAAAACCUGGACAAGGUGAACAAAUUCAGGCUUCUGAACCUGAAUGGAUGGUAAAUGGAAAAUAUGGGGUAGUUCAGUUUGAUGCUGCUCUCUAGUUAAAUGGUUCCUAAUAUUCUGAAAGAGAGAUUCAGUCUGAGUUUUAACUACUUUCUCUGUUCCAUGCUUGGCUUCAGCAAAGAUUCUUUCUUGUUUGCACUUUUUCCUCCCAAGUGAUUUGUUGGUUUUGUUCCACAAAAGAGUUGUAAUGUUGUGCAAAAGUUUACAAACUGUCUUUGUAUACAAAAACCUAUCUGCAUUUCAAUGUAUUUUGUUUUUCUGAUGUCCCAUGUCAGGAGAUGUUUAAGAUGAAUAUUUAGUUGUCCAUAAUAUUUUUUUCUUCAUCAGUGGGUAUGAGAGUUUAUUGCUAACAAGUGAAAAAUCUGCUUCAGAAACCAUUUCCUCAGUCCCACAUUAGCAUAUGUUUACUUAUUUCAGGAUUUGUGCUCCAUGCCAUGCAUUGCAUGAAACUUGAUGUUUUAGAGAAUGCACAAAUUAAUUCCAGAUAGCUUCUUUGCAACCCAUUGCACGAUCGUAUUUUAAAACUGUUGAAAAUUGAGUUGACUUCUACCAAGACUUUAUUAUAUAAAUUGUUUUUUACUUGCUUCUUGUGUCCAUGGACAAAUAACUUUUGAUGUUUUGAGUAUCGUUCACUGUACAUUAAAAGAAGAGUUCUUGCGUGA